GCACCAAGCGUGACUUCCUGGGCCGCUGGGUGCUGCUCUACUUCGGCUUCACGCGCUGUCCCGACAUCUGCCCCGACGAGCUGGACAAGAUGAGCGCCGCCGUGGCCGAGCUGGACGCCGACGCCUCGCUGCCGCCCGUGCAGCCGCUCUUCAUCACCGUCGACCCCGAGCGCGACCGCGUGGAGGCGCUGGCCCGCUACGUCAAAGACUUUCACCCUCGACUGGUAGGACGACUUGCAAAGUUUUCAAAGCUGGACACUUGUGGUGAGGGAACCCAACCGCACGCCUCUCCCCAAAAUGCAAAAAAAGCCGCCCUCACUUUUGGCAUUAGCGAGUAAUUUUAUCCGUCUGUGGGUUGGGAGGAAAAGACAAAACGAGUAAGCGGUCUUGUCAGUGGUGGAUUGGAUCAGAUGGAAAAA